AUGGAGGAUCUUUGGCUGCGUUAUGCGCAGUUGAGCGAGAGGGAGAAGCAGGUGUUUGAUGCAGUGCUGGAGACGGUUGGUACGAAGGUUCCAGGGGUGUCCGCCGUUCAGCAUUCGCCGCAUGCGGUGCCUCGGACGGCAAUGAUGCAGAAGUACAUUGAGUACGGCCAAGCUCUGUUGGCCGUCUACCGUUUAGUCAAACGAGGCAUUGUUCCGGAUCCGCGGAUCGUGGAGUACUUGAAGGACAACCUGGACCCGUCCGUGGCGAAGCAGUUGGCGCUACAGCAGCAAGUGGGUAGCCCGACGAGUAGCACGGGAGGGCCGGCGGGAGCGAGUCAGGGCACAGGUGGGGCGGGAAGCGGUCGGGUCACAAGUAGUGGAAUAAGUAGUGGAGUGGGUGGUGGCAUGAGUCACGACCGGUGGACGCGGGCGACCUUGGCACAGCGUUACCUCAAGGACACGUCUAGCAAGUACAGUCGGCUAGUGUGUCUGCCGGGAGAGACUGCAGCACACAUGAGUUACGCUGUGCGAUUGGAGAAUUUGCGAACUUUGCAAACCAUUUUGUCGCGCAAGUUCCUGAAGCACUCGUUGAGGACACCGGAAGACGUAUAUAACUUUAUUGCUACUAAUGAUGCCGUGGGUACGUUGUCGUGCAUUGCAGGUAACAUUCCGAAAAGCUACAGGCACUCUGCGAGCAAGUUAAUGGACGCGGACCGUAAGGAGGAUGUGUUGGUGAAGAUCCGUACUCUCAUGUCCGACAAGGGAAGUACUCUAAGCGCCAACAGGACGAUGUGCCCGCCUCCGAACUAUGUGCACCACGUUCCUCUAUUCGUGUCUCUAUCCAACUUCAGGAAACACAAGUUUCCUGCCGGCCGAUUGCAACUAGCUAGAACUAUUAGGUUAAGAGAAGAUGUAUGUGGUAAUGGUAGACAUUGGAUAGAUAGCAAACAAAAGAAAAGACAUACAUUCGGAUCCAUUGCCAAGGAAGCAGGGACACGAAUGACGACCCUUGAGAUUAAAAAGCAGCAAGAGGCGGAACGGGCGCAGAGGGAAAGGAUGAAGGCUUUGAGAGAGCGCAAUAUGGACGCCUACCUCGCUUUAGUCAAGAAUGUGAAGAACCAAAGGAUUCAAGAGAUUUUGGAGAAUACCGAACAACUGCUUCAAGAUAUCGGGUCAAAGAUUCAGACAGAGCGCGUUCAAAACGAGGCAAGAAGAAAGCGUGAGGCAGAUAAAGACAGAGAGAAGAAACGCCAGAGAGAACUGGCCAGGCUGGCGAAGAAAGGGCUCACCCCUUCUUCGACGGCAGUUGGCGUUGCAAGCGAGAUUGAAGAGGCAGAGAUGAAACCUGAUCAGGAGGUUUCUGACGAAGAGACUGAAACCAAGAAGCCUCAGUACCUGACGCUUUCCCACAGAGUACGCGAAGACGUAGGCCAGCCCAAGUCUUUGGUAGGGGGUACCCUUAUGCCUUAUCAACUUGCCGGGCUGGACUUCCUUGUCUCGCUUUACAACAACAACCUUAGCGGGAUUCUGGCCGAUGAGAUGGGUCUGGGUAAAACCAUUCAGACUAUUUCCCUAGUUGCUUACCUUCAAGAGUUCAAAAACAACAAGGGUCCUCAUUUAAUCGCUGUUCCGCUUUCAACGCUGCCUAACUGGGCUAGCGAGUUCGCGAAGUGGGCGCCGUCACUGACUUUGCUGCAAUAUAGAGGAAAUAAGAAUGACCGAAGGGAGCUGAACUACCAAGUCAAGCGAGGCCGGUACAAUGUAUUACUGACGACAUUUGAGUAUAUUUUGAGAGAGAAGAAAGUAUUGGGAGCAGUCAAAUGGCGCUUCAUCAUUGUUGAUGAGGGCCAUAAAAUGAAGAAUGUCAAAUCCAAGUUCCAUGCAACCCUGGGAGAGUUCAAAUCCACUCAUAGACUCCUUCUUACUGGUACUCCGUUGCAAAACAACUUGAAUGAAUUAUGGAGUUUGCUUAAUUUCCUUAUGCCGCACACGUUUGCAAGCGGAGAAGAUUUCGAGCGUUGGUUCGAAGAGCCGUUUAAAGAGCAGUUUGCCGAAGAGGAAGUGUCGUUAACGGAAGAGGAGAAGCUGGUAGUAAUUAACAGACUUCAUCUGGUAUUAAGACCGUUCUUGCUUCGACGAGUAAAGGCAGAUGUAUUGACUGAUUUGCCGACGAAGCGCGAAUAUGUUAUUCGGAUUGCGCUUUCAUCAUGGCAAAAAUUCUUGUACUAUCAAUUAGUUAACAAGUGUUUAAAGGUUCGGGAUCAGACAGGUCGUAUAACUCAAAAAUCUGUAGCGAAUGGUAUAAUGCAAUUACGUAAGGCAGUUAAUCAUCCAUAUCUAUUUGCGGAUAUGUAUAACAUUGAUGAUAAUUUAUAUCGAGUUAGUGGUAAAUUUGAAGUAUUGGAUCGCAUGUUACCAAAAUUACUUCAAUUUGGUCAUAAGAUACUAAUAUUUUCUCAGAUGACUGCAGUAAUGGAUAUAUUGGGUGAUUACUUUGACUUAAGAGGUUAUAAAUUCCAUCGAUUGGAUGGUUCCAUGAUAAUAUCGGAUCGACAGGAUCGUAUGGAUGACUUUAAUGAUCCAAUGUCAGAGACGCAUAUAUUUAUGUUGUCUACACGUGCCGGAGGGUUAGGUCUGAAUCUACAGGCAGGUGAUACAGUUAUAUUAUUCGAUAGCGAUUGGAAUCCUCAUGCUGAUUUACAGGCUCAGGCUCGUGCACAUCGAGUGGGUCAGAAGCGCGAAGUGCGUGUCUUCAGGUUUGUUACAGACUCACCGGUUGAGGAACUUAUAUUGGCAAAGGCACAGCACAAGUUGUCGAUUGAUGAACAGAUUAUUCAAGCGGGAAUGUUUUCAACGGAGUUUAAUGAAGAGGAACGUGAGGAAAAGCUACGAAAUCUUCUGGCUCAAAAGGACACAAGUAGUAAUACACAUAUUACCACACCACCCGAGCUGGUUCGAUUUAUGGCCCGUAAUGAUCAGGAAGAACACGCGUUCGACGCUAUAGAUCGUGAGAUGUUUGGCGACAACAUCUAUAACCAAUUCUAUGAACAUGAUGACCGUCUAGACGAACGCUCAGAGUCUUCCGCCGCACCCACCGCAUCCAUGAUGCCCACAGCCACCACUGUAAACCCUCCCGAGUCCGCCUCCGUCAAGGAAAGCGAACGGGUCCGAGAACUCCUUGAACAAGCUGGCCGGCUUUGCAGAGACGAAGAGAUACCCGCAGAGGUCAAGGAAAUUAACGCCAGCGAGCCAGAAGAUCACGAGGAGGUACUUGGAGUUCGGAAGAGCCGACUGAGAGCCCAACAAGCCUUUCUCGCCAACCGAGUUGACGAUGAUGACGAACUCGCAGAUGACGGAGAGCCCUCCGGGGCCAAACGAAAAGGAGACAGCAACCACGCCAGCAACAAAAAACGGAAAGUGCUAUAA